UCCCUACAAUUCCAGGGAGACCAACAAAUGUUGAAAGCAUUCGAACAAAUGUUGGAAGCAUUCGAGCUUCCCAAUUUGCAGAACCUCAAAUUUUCGCCCUUUAGCGCCCUGUCCAACGAACUUGCACUACGUAGCCUCCCAGUCCAGCUAACUAGUCUGACUUUGAGCGAUUUCCUAACAAAACCCGACCAAAUUCCACAAGACAAGCCUCAUUCUAUGUUUAAUUUGGUGAUGCUUCACCUAAUUCGUACGGGGAUAGAUGGUCCACUACAACAUUAUUUCGAACUUCCCAAG